AUGUCAGAUCCAGUUGCGGAAUUCUUGGCACGUGAGCAAAGUGUUCUGGCUGGUAUAAAGGAUGAUUCGCUAGGAACUAGUCCUCCUCCCUAUAUUAAUAGCACCAACAAAAAUGAUGCAAUUGGUAAUGGGUUGUUGAAUGACCCAUUUAGCCAAAAUUCCAUAUUGGAAGAGAAAGUAGAGGACGGUAGGAAAACAACAAAGAAUUUUGUGGGCCUGUUUCGGGAAGAUUUCAGACACUGUCAAGAAGAAAAUGAUACUGCUUGUGUAAAUGAAGCUCGUUUGUUAAGCGGGACCAGUGGUUCUGGUUUGGAUCUUCCAAUAUUGGCAAAUGGUGUGCAACGCUCAAGUACAACUCCAUCACCUUCUCUCGCGGCAAUGAACAACUCAUCAAAGCCGGAACCGGAAAAAAUAAAGAAAUGGAGAGAAGAGCAGAAAAUAAUGUUGGAAAAGAAAG